GCCGAGCCGGGGCCUCCCGCCGCCGCCCCGGGCAGCAUGAUCCUGAUCCGGCGCCUGCCGGCGGAGGCGGACGAGGACGAGGAGGCGGCGGCGCUGCACGCCCAGCACGAGGCCUACCUGGCGGCGGGGCGGAGGUGCCCAGACAUUGAUGGGGAGCCAUGCUGGUACUGUGAGGAGAGCGACUACGACGAGGACGAGGACUGGGAGGGCUGCGGGGGGGAGCCAGAGGAGGAGAGGGCCCGCCACGCCCGCCCGGCCACAUACUGCGGCUUCCGGAAGUUCUUCCUCUCCCCGCGGGAAAGCAGCAGCCAAGACGGCCCCCUGCUGCGUGUUGUGGUUCCCCAGAAGCAGCAGCUCACAGCUGAGGAAGCGGAGAAGAAUGCUGAGGAGCUGGUCGCUGAAGAGGAGCGCAUCAAGAAGAAGGCGGAGAAGAAGCGGAUGAAGAAGAGGAGGCAAAAGGACCGGAAGAGGCAGGCCAAGCGUGACCAGGAGCUGAAGACCAAGAGCCAGGCAGAUGGACCCUCGGGCAGCACAGACGUGCCGGAUCCGCAGCCCUUGGUCACUGUUGCGAGUGCCCUGGGGCCCAGCCCUGCUGACUCGGAGGGGAGCUCCAGCGAGGCCUCCCCAAGCAGAAGCCCCAGGCGGAGCACGGAGGAGGAGACGGAGGAGGAGCUUGAUCUCAGCAGCACCUUCGUAUCAAAGGCUCGCCUGAAGGUGGGCGCCAAGUCAUUGCCGCCAAAGAAGGAGAAGGCAGCCAAGCCGGACGGAAAGGAGGCGCCGGCGAGCGCCGCGCAGGAGGUGCUCCAGGCUGCACCCCAGAGGACUCCUGUGGAGCAGAGUAUGGUGCUGGCAGACUGUGGAAAUGAGACGGCAAGGCAGGGCCACUAUCGGGAGGCGGUCCUCCUCUUCACGGAAGCCAUCAAGCUGAACCCACGCGAAUACAGGUUCUUUGGGAACCGCUCCUUCUGCUAUGAGAGGCUGCAGUGCUGCGCAGAGGCCCUGCGCGACGCUCAGCUCGCCCUCAGCCUGCACCCUGGCUGGCCCAAAGGCCUGUUCCGCCGAGGCAAGGCGCUGAUGGGCCUCAAGCACUACGCAGAGGCUGCGCGGACCUUCGAGGAGCUGCUGCGGCUGGACGAGUUCCGCGCAGAUGCCGCCGCCCAGCUGAAGAAGUGCCAGCUGCAGCGUGUGCUGGAGAACGGCUACAGCUGCUGUGCUCUGGGCUGGGGCGGCCUGACCAGAGAAGCCCAGGUGCCUCUGCCUGGUGGUCAGUCUUCAGCACGUGGGGAUGGCCCAGCAGGAGGGCCUGUAGCGAUGGCCGCGCUCACCGGCUCUCGGAGCACGAUGCCGAUUCCUUCAGCUGCGCACGCCUUGGGCAGGGAGCUGUUUGCCAUAUGGGUCGGGAAUCUCACCCCGAAGAUCACGGAGGAGGUUCUGCUCUGGUACUUUCAGCCGUUUGGGCCGAUCGACUCCAUCCGCCGACUCCCUCGGAGGUUCUGUGCCUUUGUCAACUACUUAGACCAGGAAGCAGCCGAGGCAGCCUAUGUGGCCUUGCAGGGUGUCGAGGUGGAAGGAAGCCGGCUCCUGCUGCAGCUGAAGCACCCAGUGCACGCCACGCCCCCCCACACCAAGGGGCCCCCAGCGCCCGGCCGCCUGCGAAGUGAGCGAGUCCAGCGAGCGCCGCUACCUGUGCAGAGAGAUCUCCCUCCUCCGGAAGACGUCAUGCUGCAAGGCCCAGGCCCGGGCCCCCUCUGUGCUCCUCGUGAGUCACUCGUGAGCCGCUGCAUCCGUAUCAUGCACCUGCCACCUCAGUGUAGCGCAGAGCUGCUGCUGCCCGCGCCACUCGGGACCCGGCUCUGCCGCCCCCUCAUCCAGAGCCCGUCCUCCACGGCCAGCUGGGGCCUUGCUUUACUCGCCCGGGUCGCAGACCAGAGAGAGACCGGAUCGGAAAGAUCUCUCUCGUUAUGCCAAGUGGUAACCUGCGGCAGCCACGGCAGCCAGUCCAGGCCUUCACGCAAGGCUUGCUUGGCCGUAGGCAACUGUUCUCGCCUCCUCUGUUUCUGCUCUUGGAGAAAGGAGGCCGCUGCCUUUGAGGUUACAAACAGAAAAAUCUGCCAGUUUCCUUGGCACAUAAAAUGGUUGACCAUCUCAUGGAAGUUAAGACAUCAAGUAAAUUAAGGCCCCGUC